AUGUUAUUUUUGGUGCUGGUCGCCUUUGUUACCAUGCUGGGCAUGAGUAUUGCUCGUCAAAAACGUUCGAAAGAUGCAAAUGAAACUUCAUCAACAACAACAGUUCCUUGGGGUCCACGUCCAUGGCCAAUAGUAGGUAAUCUUCUUCAAUUGGGUUAUCGUCCAUAUGAAACAAUUUAUCGCUGGUCGAAAAUGUCGAAAUAUGGGCCAAUAUUUCGUCUUCGUCUUGGUUCACAAACAGUUGUUGUUCUCAAUUCAGCUGAAGUUAUUCGUGAAGCUUUACAUGAUCAUAGUGAAGCAUUUGCUGGUCGUCCAUAUCUUUAUAUUAUCAAUGAAACACUUCAUGGCAAAGGUGUUAUAUCAGCUCCAUAUGGUCGAGAAUUUAAUGAUCAUAAAAAAUUUUUAAUAAAAAAUUUCAAUCGAUUUGGUCGUCGAAGAAGAUCAUCAUUAGAAAGUGGUUGUUUAGAUGAAAUACGUUUAGUAGCUGAAAAAUUACGAGAAAAACAAACAUCACCAUUUCAUAUUGGUAAUAUGUUAAGUCAAAUAUCAGGUAAUAAUAUUUGUACACUUACAUUUGGUCGAUAUUUUGAAACAAUGGAUAUAACAAGUUUAUUUGAUAAACUUAAUGAAAAUUUUAAUGAUACAGCAACAAUAGCAUGUUUUAAUUUUCUCCCAUUUACGCGUCGAUUUAAAACAAAUAUAUUUGAUAAUGUUAAUGAUUCAAAUCGUGUCAUACAAAAAUUAGUUAAAGAACGUGAAACAAAUUUUGAAUCCGAUGAUGUUAACAAUAUUGUUGAUGCUUAUUUAGAUCAAAUGGGAAAACAACGAAAUUUUUCCAAAGCAAAUCUUGAUUCAUUAGUACAAGAUUUAUUUGUUGCUGGUACGGAAACAGUAUCAAAUACACUUAAUUGGACAAUAUUUUAUAUUGUAUCACAUCCACAUGUUCAAAAACAAAUUCAUGAAGAAAUUGAUCGUUUUAUUGGAAAAGAUCGAGCACCAUGUGAAAAAGAUCGUACACAAAUGAAUUAUAUUGAAGCUGUUUUACUUGAAUCAAUGCGUUGUCAUUGUGCAGGACCAAUAUUAUUACCACGAGCAACAACACAUGAUAUUACAUUUAAAAAUCAUUUUAUUCCAAAGGAUACAUUUAUACUUGUUAAUAUGUGGUCAGCUAUGAAAGAUGAAGAACAAUGGCCUGAACCAGAAAAAUUUCAACCGGAAAGAUUCUUAGAUGAAAAUCAUAAUCUACAAAAUGUAAAUCAUCCAGCAAUGAUGCCAUUUAGUCUUGGUAAACGGGCUUGUACAGGUGAACAAAUUGCAAAAGUACAAUUAUUUUUAAUAUUAGUCAGUUUAUUUCAAAAAUUUGAAUUUUCCUUUGCUGAUGGAUGGGUACCAAAAGAUCUUUGCGGUCAACCUGGCUUUACACUUCGACCACCUAAUUGUCAAUAUCAAGCUUCUGUUCGUUAA